CUCAGCUUAUCGUAUCAAGUGGAUUCCUUGUCGGUCUUUUGGUUUCGAGGGCUGUGUCAGUGGUUUGGAGUGGUUUGGAAAUAUUUUACAAGAAAAGCCUAAAGAUGUCUCUCGCGAAGCCCCAGAUGCGUAACCUGCUGCAGGCGGCCAUCAAGAAGAACCUGGCGAUCACGGCGGGCGUGACCACGGCCGCUGUCGCCGCCUACUACUUCCUGGUGAAGGCGCCGCGGAAACAAAAGUACGCCGAGUUCUACAAGAACUACGACGCCGAAGCCGAGUUCGAGAGGAUGCGGAAGCUGGGCCUCUUCCAGGCGUGCUCCAAGGACGAUUGAACUCAGCCUGUCAACCUAUUGUUCUGAUGUACCUUAUGUAUCAAGAGAGAAUGCUGGUGCCUGACAUCGGCGUCGGGUGCCUAGAACCAAAGUGUCCGUCGUGAUUUCCACUAUAAUAAACGAGGCACGAACUGUG